AUGCCAAUAAUCAACGGAAUCAAAUUUGCCUGCAAUAGCUGUAUCAAGGGCCAUCGCUCGUCACACUGCAAUCACGUUGAGCGCCCUCUCUUUGAAAUUCGCCGGAAAGGACGACCUGUAACGCAGUGCGCGUAUUGCAGAGAUCUGCGCAAGACCAAGCAGGUGCAUGUCAAGUGUGUAUGCAGCGAACGCAGAGGUUAG